CGAUGUACCACUGCCAUCUGAGGGGGGCCCCGAUGUGACAUGUGGCGCGCUACAAGGCAGGGCUACUUCCAGAACGCCAUGGGAAAACGGACCUCCAGCAGGCGGGCACAAGAUUUAUAGCGGGCGAAGUUCGAAGGAGGGUUUCUGUUUGUUUGUCAGCUCAUGUGGAGGCGAUCGAGGAGAGUACGUGCCGAUGUUGUUGUCACGCGGUCAAGGUGUUCGGAGCUGCUCUCUGCCGUGAACGGGAGUAGUGGUGUGCGUUGGUGCCAAUUCGUUGUGGAAUGUGCUGGCUUUGUUUGGUGAUUAUUGCAUAAGGAGAAUUUGCGGGCUAGCUUGUGGUGCAAGAAGUGAAGUGGAGCCUUCAUUGGAGGUAAGCUGCAGUUCGCCAUAGGAGCUGUGUGUGGCAGCUGUGCCAUCAUAUCUUGUCAGGUAGCUGUUGUGACAUUUGUGUGAGAGAACAUUCAUCUCUGGUUUGCCCUAUAGAGGUGAGGUCACUCGGAGCAAGGGUUUUGUCUGUUUGCGAGGGAAGUUUAUUACACAAUGAUGCAUGGAAGACAGGGACCCGCUGGACCAUUUUCUGGGCAGAUGGGUGGAGGUCCUGGGGCAUUCAAUGGGAUGCGUGCUAAGGCACCACCUGGUCCUCCGCCUCCUGUUUAUGGUGGUGGUGGUGGUCCACACCAAGGUCAUCCUCCUCCACUGGCAGUCAUGGAACACAAGCUUGCCACUGCACACACAGAGAUGCAGAGGCUGUUGACUGAAAACCAGAGGCUUGCAGCAACCCUCAUGGCUCUACGGCAGGAGCAGUCGGUAGCUCAAGGAGAAGUGCAGCGCUUGCAACAGGCAUUGGCUACGCGUCAGGCCGAGAGAGAGGCAAGCAUCCGGAAGCUUAUGGAACGGAAUGCUGCGAUGACGGAAGAACUGCGUGCAGUAGAGCCGUUGAAGAAAGAGGUUCAUGCUGCAAGAGUGGAGCUGCAAAGUCUUCGAAUGAAAUGUCAGGAGUCUGAACAGGCGAGGGUAACUGCUCACCAGCAACUGCAGGGCAUGACAGCUGACUUCAGUCGGGCCCGUCAAGAGCUGAGUCAGCUUGCCACUCUGAGGCAGGAGGUGCAGCAAGUUCCAACCCUGCGGCAGGAAAUUCAAGGGCUGCGGCAGGAACUGCAGCAAGCGCGAACCCAGCUUGAACAGGAGAAGAAGUUCAACUCUGAGCAAAUUGAUAACAGUCAGCGGCUGGAAAGCAACCUUGUCUCAAUGGCAAGGGAUAAUGAAAAACUCCGUGCACAACUCACUGUUGCCAGCAGGACUUCUGGUGGCAGUGGAACCCUGGGAUGGAGCUCUGGUCCCCCAACUAGGGACUACAGUAGCGGUUUAUGGUAACCUGAGCAGUUUUGGCCCCUUCCGUGACCUUUCCUCUUCGUGCUCUCCUUCCUUCCCCUUUGCCCUCGGUGGUCCCAUGUAAGGCUGCACCGUAGUGUGCAGUUCCACACUGACUUGUCCUUUGUCCGGUAGCCCUAGACCGUAGGAUGAUUGUGCAUACGCCUGCAACUUGCAUAGCCAUCCAUCUGUGAAUGGAUGUGAGAGCACUUUGAGCGGUGGGCAAGGAGGACGUACAGUUCUUCUUCAUCAAGCACGUUAAACAGUUAGUUCGGUCUGGAGCAGUGGCAGUGGACAUCUUGUUGUGUGGUUUUCAAACCAUUCAGGUUGGCAGUUAAGAUGCUUUCUCCUGCUUUGAGAGAGCCCCUGUCUGUUUUAGUGGGGUGAUCAGGGUAUGACACCUACCCUUUGCGAUAGGCCGCGCUGAAGGUCAGGGAAGGUCCACUUGCGCAGGAGAUGCAGCCGUCAUCACGAAAGGCAUGCUGUCUGUAGGCAAACAUUUCUCCCUUGUGUAAGCUUUCUUUGUGUCGACUAGUGGAGGGCCUGAGCCCAUUUAUAGGUCAGCCCUGCUAGCCUGUUCUGUAGGCUAACUGCUUCUAGGUUUUACCACUCUGCUUCAGGUCGCUGUUGAUUCUCGUUAAUGUCGGAAAUGGAACCCUUCUUUGCAGAACAGGGUGUCCCCACAUCAUCCUAUAUGCUGAUUCUGUUGGGUAUAUCACUGUAUACGCCAGCAGUUCUCAAAGUAUUAUGUGGCAAUGAAAAGAGCUCUCAGCU